AUGAUAUCAUUUAGAAAAUAUACUUUAUUUGCAAUUACAUUGCUACUCUCAACCAUAACUACAGCUUUAGCAUCAGGAGUUCCAUAUUUCUCAGAUGUUAAAAUUUUGGAUAGUUAUACAAAGAGUUCAGAUUGUACAGAUUUAAAUCAUUGGUUCAUAAUACAACCUAAAAUCACUAUUCCUGCUGAAAGUGAAACUUCUGAUAUUCAAAUCACAAUACCUUUGGCUUUCGGUUCCUAUUCUUCAGGUUCUUUCGAUUUAUUAUACGGUUCAACUACUAUCGGUACUGUCAAUAUUGUCGAUGGUUCAAACACUUUCACUGUUUCAUUUAAUUCUUAUGUUGCUAGUUUACAAAAUGAGAUUACUGUUGAUUUCAACGUCUUAGCUAAAUUCUCAGACAGUGCCAAAGAAUUAGUCAAUAAACCAAUGUCUUUAUCCUACGCAGUUAAUGCCACUGGUGACAAAUCGUUCACCCCAACUAUUGAUUUUAUCGGAACAGACUUGACUACCAUCACCACUGAUGGUGGUGUUUACGACUCUAACAACACUGCUUGGUUCGUCAUCAACAUUCCAGUUUCUUUAUUGGACGGUGCUGUUUCCAUCGACGUUGCUCCAAGUGGUUCCAAUUCCUUCUACUACGAUUAUCCAGACACUACUUUUGAAGUCGUUACAGCUGUAGAUUCCUUCAAUAACCCAGUAUCUUCAGUUCCAUUCACUGCCUUUAAAGAUGAAUCAACUACUGCUGCUUUAUUCUUUAAUAUUACUUCUAAUGUUAGUGGUGGUAAAUAUCUACGUAUUGCUUACUCAACAGGUCCAUUAAUCUAUGAUGAUAUCACCAAUGAAGUCACUAUUAAUGGUAAGACAAUCAUUGACUCCACCGUCUAUACCGAUUCCAUGACCAACGUCGAAUUAAAUAAUGCCUCAGGAGAAUCUGCUUUCGAUAUUGGUCUAAUUAGUUCCAAUAGAACCACUUCUGCAAUGGUUGAUAACUCUGUUUCCUCGCAAAAUAGUAAAACAACUACCUCCGAGACUACACAAGCUACCUCUGACUCCAAUCUUGAUGAUAUUUCUCUAUUAUCUCCAGAUACAGAAUCUGAAAGUCUGGAUUCUUUGACUGAAGAAGAAUUAACUAACAACAAUAAUAACAGUACUUCUUCCUUUAUCAUCUCUACUAUCUCAACCGAUUUAGCUUCUGUUUCAACUAGUGUCGAAACUGCUUCUUUAGUUUUUGACACUACAUCAAAUUCAAUUGCUGCUACUUCCUCUGUCAGUGAUAUAGUAUCUGAUAUUUCCAACACAACACCUUUGGAAACCACUAGUAUAUCUACAGUCACCCCUGUCAUCGAGGAAGCUGCUUCUAACAAUACUUUGAUUUCAUCUUCUAUUUCAAAUCAAGAGGUCUCAACCACUAGUUCAUUAGAAUACAGUUCCAAUAUGACAGCAUCCACAACUUACAACAAUGCAACUGCUACUACUUCUGGUAAUGAUACUUACGAAACAUACACAGUACUAAUGUCUACCAGUCCAGCGGAUGUCACUGAGAUCACUAAAUUGAUCCCUGUUGCUACUUUAUCCGGUUCUACCAUUUCAUCAGAGGUUGUUAUUACAUCAACAAUUUCCGCUGAAGCUAUUGAUGAUGAAAGUAGAUUUAUUAACUCGACUUCCACUGUAAACGCAUUCGCCAAUGUUACUUCAGUCACCUCUACAAAGCUAUCGACCAAGGUUAUAACUACUACAUCAUGUUCCAACAACCUAUGUGUCUUAGCUACUAGUACUGUAGUCAGUGAAGGUUUUGUCGUUACUACUGAAUCAUAUGCCGAAGAGGCCACUGUUUUAAGCAAUUUAGUUCCUGUCUCCACUUUACCAUGUUCAACUUGCGUCAAAUCCGAAACUGUUAAGAGUCAAGGUUAUGUCGUUAACACCGAAUCCUUAGGUGCAGAAGCCAUUACAAACACUAAAUUAGUCCCUGUUGCUACUUUAUCCAGUUCUUUCCCAUAUGCUCCUAUUAAUCAUAAAACCACCACAUUAACUGCCUCCGUCGAUGAAACUAUUGUUUCAUAUACUACCGAAUCUUGUAGUACUACAACUCUAACUCCAGAAGUUUCCGCCGAAGCAGGUUUUAUUGAAAGUACAGAAACCCAAAGUGCCUCUGUCACAUCUUACUUGGAUUUCUUAGGUGCUUCUUCCAUCACAAAAUCAAUUCCAACUACUUCCACUCUUCAAGUAUUAGUACAAAAUACUACAUCCUCAGCUCACUCCUCUACUUUUGAAAUUUCAUACUACGAGGAUGGUUCUACACAUCUAACCAUUGGUUUAGGUGGUUUUGUUAUUGGUUUUAUUACUUUAUUCGUUUAG